AUUUUAUUUUUUUAUUAAAAAAAUAAAAAGAAAAAUGAACGCUGGAGAUCUACAGCUCCCUCCCGGGUUCCGGUUCCAUCCAACGGACGAGGAGCUCGUUAUGCACUACCUCUGCCGGAGGUGCGCCAGCAUGCCAAUCUCCGUCCCAAUCAUUGCCGAGAUCGACCUCUACAAAUACGACCCUUGGGAUCUCCCUGGAAUGGCAGUGUACGGGGAGAAAGAAUGGUACUUCUUUUCGCCACGUGAUCGGAAAUAUCCGAACGGUUCGAGGCCGAACCGGGCUGCCGGAAGUGGGUACUGGAAGGCGACCGGAGCCGAUAAACCGAUCGGUUCACCCAGACCGGUUGGGAUCAAGAAAGCGUUGGUCUUUUACACCGGCAAAGCUCCCAAGGGCGAGAAGAGCAACUGGAUCAUGCACGAGUACCGCCUCGCUGACGUCGACCGCUCCGUCCGCCGCAAGAAUAGUUUAAGGUUGGACGAUUGGGUGCUGUGCCGAAUCUACAACAAGAAAGGGGUCGGAGGGAAACAAGGUAACCUCGACCGGAAACCGACCGGACCGAAAACGGUUCUCCAACCGGAGAUGACCGGUUCGGUCGAGCAAAAACCGAUCAUAGCACCGCACGUGCUGGGUGGUACGACCACCGUACCGUAUGUGCCGCAGCCGGUGUCGGAUCUCUUGUACUUAGAUCCGUCGGAGUCGCUGCCGAGGUUGCACGCCGAUUCGAGCUGUUCGGAGCACGUGCUGUCGCCGGAGUUCACGUGCGAACGGGAGGUGGAGAGCCAGCCGAGUUGGCGCAACGAGUGGGAGAAAGCCCUCGACGUUCCACUUAAUCACGGAGAUGCCACUGUUAACGGGUUCCCAAAUUUCGAACCCGCUUUUAAAGAUCCGCUUCAGGAUAUCUUCAUGUACUUUCAGAAGCCGUUUUAGAUGAUAACGGGUUAACGGGUCGGAUUCGGGUUUCGGGUUAGUGGAUGUGAGUGUGGGUCCGGCGAGCUGCUGCUGGGUUGGGUUCGGUGGUGGCGAUGAGACCGGGUUGGGUCAAGUCGGGUUGGGGUUCGGGUGGGAAUUUGUGAAUAUUAUUAUUAAUAGGGUGUAGUUUGGGUGGGUUAGUGGCAACCCGUUAAUGUCACAAAGGCUUUUGUGUAGUGUUGUAGUAAUGUAGUGUAGUGAAAUAUAUAUAUAGAUUUAAUGGAUGGGAUUGAGUGAAAUCA